CUUCAGUCCUUGCUCUUCACCGACCCCGACAGAAUGAAGCUCACCGUCAUCCUCCUCACCGCCGUCCUCGCUGCAAGCGCUAGCCCUGCGCCUGUCGAUGUCGAUGCUCGCGCGCCGGUCGCCCUCGACUCUCGCUCGCCGAUUGACAUCGACUCCCGCUCCGCCGACGCCCUCGCCAAUCGCGCGGCCCCGCCCCAGUCCGAGAUCGACCAGUGGCUCAAGGCCCACAACAACGAGCGUGCGCAGCACGGCGCGGUUGCGCUCGUGUGGAACCAGACCCUGUCGGACAAGGCAGCGGACUGGGCGAGCCAGUGCAUCUGGGAGCACUCGAACUCGGGCCAGAAUCUGGCUGCGUGGUUUUCGCCCCAGGCAAACAAGCCCAUGAACAUCUCUCAAGGCGUUGGAGGCUGGAACGCCGAGGAGCCCGACUACAACACGACGACGUACUCGGGCGCUGGGCAUUGGACUCAGGUCGUGUGGAAGAGCACCACGAGCGUCGGGUGCGCCGCGUACUCCUGCCCACCUGGCACGCUCGGGCGUAAGCCGACGGAUCCGUGGAAGACGCUCUGGUAUUACGUCUGCAACUACUACAGGCCGGGCAACGUCUCACCGCGCGACAAGUACUACCCUAUCAAUGUGCAGCCCUAAAGGAGGGCCUUGGGAAGCUCGAGGAAAGGUAUAGUAUACACGCGCCACCUAGGAAGGCAGAUCGAAUUGACGGAAAUUGGAAAGGGAAAGAAGAAAGUAUGAUACGCGAAUUGUACGCUCCCCAGUCUGCUUGUUUGCGUCAAGAUGGCUCGGCAAUGUGACAGUGAUUGCC